GUAGUAUUUAAGCUCAAACUCUGGCAGUGCCAGUCCUUACAGCAUUAGUUUACAAGUUGCUAAUUGCACUGCGGUAACUGUACAGCGAUCUUCCUGCGUCCAGAAAUCAGAAUCCGCACAUCAGUGUUUCCUUUUUGCCCAGAGACUUGUUAGUUUUGAAUAAAAUAAAAUAAAACUAGUUUCCAAUGAAGAAGGCAGUGCUGUUUAGUUUGUGGGGUGGUGUUGUUACACCCCAUCUUGCCCAGACGUUUCAGAAGUUUGAGGAAACUACUGGUAUUUCGAGGGGUUUCAUAAAGAAUGUAAUUGCAAAACUUGGUAGUGAGAAUGCACUGUAUCGCUUGGAGAAAGGAAAAGUCACCCUAACUCAGAUGAUUCCUGAGUUUGAAGCUGAGUGUCAGAAGGUUGCGGCCGAUCAGGGAUUUUCUUUACCUGCACAAUUCUCAGCUCAGAAGCUUUUCAGUGACAUUGGGCAGGUAGAAUUCAACAAGCCGGUUCUUGAUGCUGCAGCUGUUCUCCGUCGUCAUGGCAUCUCUACCUGCGUCCUGGCCAAUAUCUGGGUGGAUGACACUGAUCAGAGAGACGGCGUCGCUAGGAUUCUCUCCGUAUUGGAAAGCCAUUUCAACCUGGUUGUGAGAUCUUGCUAUGCCGGUGUCAGAAUCCCAGAGCCAGACAUCUUUACCAGUGCCCUUGAAAAACUUGCGCUUAAACCUCAAGAAGCGGUCUGGCUGGAUGUGGAUGAAGAAAGUAUCAAGGCAGCUGAAAGUUUGGGAAUGACAGCUGUUCAAGUCAAGGACAUCACCGAGGCUCUUAAGGAAAUCCAGAAGCUUACAGAAAUAGAGGUCACCGGUGAUCUCCAGCCACCCUCUUGUGAUCCUGAAAAUGUCUCUCAUGGAUAUGUGAAUAUUAAGCCUGGCGUGAGGAUCCACUAUGUGGACUUGGGAGACGGACCGCCUGUUCUCAUGUGCCAUGGCUUCCCUGAGAGUUGGUUUUCCUGGAGGUAUCAGAUUCCGGCUUUGGCCAAUGCUGGAUUCAGGGUUCUAGCUCUUGACAUGAAAGGUUACGGUGACUCCACUGCUCCACCAGAGAUUGAGGAGUAUUCUCAAGAACAAAUCAUGCUGGAUCUGGUGACAUUUUUGGAUAAAAUGGGCAUCCCACAGGUGAUUCUGGUGGGUCAUGACUGGGGCGGUGCUCUGGUGUGGAACAUGGCACAGUUCCAUCCUGAGAGAGUGAGGGCCGUGGCGUCUCUCAACACACCUCUUUUUCCUGUGGAUCCAAAAACAAAUCCAAUGGAGAAACUCAAGACCAUGCCGAUCUUUGAUUACCAGAUCUAUUUCCAGAAGCCUGGUGUUGCAGAGGCUGAACUGGAGAAAAACCUUGAGCGAACCUUCAAACUGAUGUUCAUUGCAAGUAAUGAAACUAAAUCAUUUCCUAGCACCGCAGGAGUCUGCCAGAGAGGUGGAUUGUUUGUGGGGUCACUGGAUGAUCCACCCCGCAGUGCUAUUCUCAGCGAGUCUGCGCUGCAGUACUAUGUUCAGCAGUUCACCAAGAGCGGCUUCAGGGGUCCUCUGAACUGGUACCGUAACGGGGAGAGGAACUGGCGUUGGAUGUGUUCCAGGCCGAGGGGCAAGAUCAUGAUGCCAGCUUUAAUGGUGACCGCAGGAAAGGACCCUGUUCUUCUGCCAGCCUUUGCCACAGGCAUGGAGAACCUGGUCCCCAACCUCACCAGAGGCCACAUUGAGGAGUGUGGACACUGGACUCAGACGGAGAGGCCUGCAGAGCUCAAUAAAAUCCUCAUCUCCUGGCUGAAGGAAACACACCAGAAAGCCUCUAUCCCUGUUCAUCCCAAGUUAUGAGAGCAUGAUCUUGAUUUAACUAUACGCAGGCGAAUGAACUAAAGUGCACUAAUGUCCAGGCUUGCUGAUUGCAUAAUAAUAG